AUGUGGCUAAGUUACUUUUUUACUAGUACAAAAGAUAAUGAACCUGAGAACUGUAUUAAUAAAGAUAAUGUCAACGAUGAAUCAAUCAAUAUUUCAUCAAAAGAAGAAGAGGAACCAGAAAUUAAUGAUUUGAGAAAUAGAGUUGAAAAGGUAAAGGAGAUACACAAAAAAUUACAAGCAUUACAAAAUAAACAAGAUAUACAUUUAAACAAUAACACCACAAAUACCUUUCAAGACAAAGACCUACCAUGCGCGUCUAAGAAUAAAGAUGAAGAAAAAUUAGAAAUAAAUAAUUGUAAAAUAGAGGAUGUCUUGAGGAUUAUACCAGUUCUAGAAAAUAAUAUACAAUCACUUACCGAGAAAGUAUCUUGUUUAUCUGGCUUAUUAAAUGCGAAAGAGCUCAAUUCUAAAAUAGUAACUGAAAAAAAUAUUAUUUCAAACAAUUCUAAUAUAAAUAGUGCUUCGAACUCUUUAAAUAAAUUGAACGGUGUAGUGAAUGAAACAAUACCAACAAAUAAAGAUACCACCCUGGGAGUAGUUUCUAAAGAAAAUAGUGAAAUGCGGAAAAAUAACCGAAGUCUUAUCAUAAAAAAAAAAUAUCGUUAUCAAAAUGUUAAAAUUAGAAGAAAUACUACCAAAUCUAUUAAUAAAGAUGAUCAAAAAGGAGAACAAGUAACGAAUGAAGAAAAUGAACUCUUUUACAGUGUUAAGUCGAUUGACCAGUUGACCAGUUUAAAUGGGCAAUUAGAAUCCUUUUUUACAAAAAUACAGUCAGCAUUGACUCAAUAUAAAAUUGACCAAGUGAAAGAAAAAUCAGAAAUAAUGCUUAAUCUGUCCAGACUGGAGGAUCAAAUUAAUAUGAACUAUUCGAAAAUGGAUAAAUUAAUGUCCAAUGUCGAACAGUUAAAUAAAAUAAAUGAUCCUGUCAAUCACGUAAUUUUGAAAAAUCACCCAAAUCUUGAAAUACAAAAUAAACAUGAACUGCAAAAAAGUAUAGACGAUAUUAAAACCUGUGUUGAUUACCUUAUAAAACCGAAUACAAUUGAUAUACUAAAAAUUCAACAGUCCGUUACUGCCGAUACUCCAAUCACAAACACAAAUAUUAAUGGCUCGUGUAACUCGAAUCGGUGUGUUUGCAAAUUAAUAGACAAUACUAAUACUGCUAGUAUACAGAUUGUAAAUUCAAAUGAUGAUACAAAUCAAAUAAAGUAUAAUGGUGAUAUCAUUUUAUGCGAGUUUUUAAGAGCGAACCUAACUUUGGAAAGUUUAAAAAAAGACGAUCAUCAACAAAUACCACAGGUAAAACAUUUUUCAAAUCAAAUCGACUCCAAUAAAAACAGCCAUUUAUUAUUAUGUUCAAAACAAUCAAAACUUUCUUCAAAUAUUUGUGAUAGAGAUCAAAUCUAUAACCAAAAAUCUAGCCAAUCAUCAGUAUGUUCAAAAAAAUCAAACCAUCUAAAAAAAAAUGGUAGACGACCCGAAAAACCAAAAAUUAACCAUUUAAUCGUAUGUCCCAAGCAAUCGAUCCAUCAUUUUUUAAAAAAUGACGUUGACAAUUAUACUACAUCAUACCAACCAAAUACAAAAAAACUAGCUCGUGAAAAAAAUAAGAUUUGUGAUUUUCUUUCGUCUCAGCCAAUUCCAGAAUGGAUAAGACUCGACGAGAAUUUCAUUAAAUCCGAAAAUCUAUGCUGCAAGGAUUCUAUUAAAUCAUCACCAUCAAAUUGCACUUUAAAUGUUAGUAAGUUCUAUAACAUUGAACGAAUAAUUAACGACAGCCAUGACAAAAAUGAUAAUAUAGUUUAUGAAAUUACACAGAAACCCAAUGUUCCAAAAGAAAACAAAAGCGACUGUAAUUUCGACGAACAAAAUUUAUCACCAUGUAAUAGUCUUAACAAUGAAACUUGGAACAUGAAAUAA